AUGCGCGCGACGUGCGCCGCGCGCGCGCGCGCGCCCGCGACGGCGCGGUUCGGCCGCGCGCGACGGCGAGCGCCCCGCGCGCGCGGGCUCGCGCUCGAGCAGAAUGAACCGAUGGUUGACUUUUACGACCUCCUCGGGGUGGCGGACGACGCGGACGCGCGGACGAUCAAAAAGGCGUACUACGGGUUCGCCAAGGAGUGUCACCCGGAUGUGAGCGGCGACGAGGAUGGACACGACAUGUGCGUGCUGUUGAAUGAGGCGUAUGAAAUUCUGAGCGAUCCCGCGUCGCGGGCGAUGUACGACGCGGAGUUGGAGCAGCAGCGCAUGGACGCGGCGGAUUCGUUCACGGGGAACGCGUACUCGAAAUGGACGACGCGAAGGGCGAAACCGGGGGAGGAUCGCGCGGUGUUCGUGGACGAGUUCACGUGCAUCGGGUGUAAACAGUGUGUGUGGGCGGCGCCGGCGACUUUUCGCAUGAAUGAAGACUACGGACGGUCUCGCGUGUUCGCUCAAUGGUUGAACAACGAGGACGACAUUCAGCAGGCGAUCGACUCGUGUCCGGUGGACUGCAUCCACUGGGUGAAGCGAGACGAUCUACCGUAUCUCGAGCAUGUCGCGGUGAACUUUGAAAAGGUGAGCGUCGGAAUCAUGAUGAGCGGGACGAACAAGACGAACAUAGUCGAUCCGUUCGAAGCGGCGCAGUCGUUCAUGAAGGCGCGUCAGCGACGCAUCGAGCAGCGAGCCGAGGAGUUGGAGGAGCAGCGUCGGGCGAUGAGCGAGGAGGCCAAGAAGAGGAAUACGUCCGAGGCGCAGCGCCGGGCCUAUCGUAAGAGCGCGGACGCGAUCCGUCAGAGGUGGUCUGCGGCGACGGGCGUCGCGUUCAAGCGCGUUCGUCGUCGAUACGAUUCGAGAACGGGCUCCACGAUUCCAUUCGAGCGUUCCGUCGUCGUGUACAAUUCGCCGGGUUCGCGAGACGACAUGGACAACUAUUGGCCCGAUAUCGAUGAUGAAGACACGGAAGAGGAAUUCGAUUGCGACGCUGAAGAGGACGUCGUGUCCGCGCCGCGUUGA